AGGGACAAUCUAAAGAUUCUGCUGGAAGACCUUAAUAAUCAAAAAAAGAUUCUCAAGGACAAUGGGAUUGAUGUGGAUGACAAACUUUACCAAGUACAAUUUGUUGUUAUUGUAGACUACAAGACAUUGACCUUGCUCUUGGUAAAGAAGGAUGAGGAAGACUUUCUUGUUGGUGGCAGGGGAGUCUCUGUGGAAUUUUGUCUUAUUUACAAUGCAGUCAGGGUAUUUGUGUUAGCAAUGCAGUUCUAGCAAUUAAAUGUUUGCUAUUAGUAAUAUACAUGUUGUACAUGUAUCAGUCAAUAUUCCACAGAUGCAAAUGUUUUGUUGAAAAUCAUUUUUGAAGAGAUUUGAAGAUGUCCA